AUGGAAGCGUUUAAAAAGGCUCAUAAGCAAUUAGAGUCUAUCAAAUCUGGAAGUUUUUCCACUUGUGAAGUGAAAAAUGAUAUAGCAGUUAUGCAAGAGGAGAAGGACCAACUCCUGCGUCGUAUUAGCAGAAUGAAAAAGAAGUUGGAGAUGUUCCCUACAACUAUGACGAUGCUUGAGGUGGCUAGGAAAUUAAGGUUGGAACGCGAAAGGGAGGCUAAAAUAGCUCAUCAACUACAAGAACAGAGAAUUAUGAUACAGAAUUUAGAGGGUAAAAUGGUCGAAAUCCGCCAACAAUCUAAUGAGCUCCAAAGACGUUCAGCGGACUUUAAUGCUGAGAGUAAGUAG